UGCUUCCUGUUGCUGCUGCUGCUGCACGUUGCUUCCCUCUCAGACCAACAAACCUCCGCUGUGACAAGAAAACAGAGACAAACACAAACAUGCCGAAAACCAAGCAGUCGAGUAAGAGGAAGAAGUUCGACUACAACAAAGACCGGAAGAAGAUGAAGAAGAAGUUCAUCAAGAAAUAUAAGCCGAGGAUAGAAGAUUCACAGAUUCGAAAUGCGUGGGACGACAACAAGUCCAUGGCCAGGAACCUGCAGGAGAUGGGUCUGGCGUUCGAUCCAAACCGGACUCUGCCAAUAAAGAAACAGAGACUCCUCGGAGAAGACAAACAGACGAAAGCUCCCGUCAACAUCGUCACCAAACCCUACGUUCUCAACCAGCUGGAGGAGACGGCCAGUCGACCUGAGAAAGACACCAAGACGUUAUCGUCCGACCUGAUCGAGUACGUUCAGUACAUGAUCCGAGAACACAGCAACGACUACAAGGCGAUGGCCAGAGACGAGAAGAACUACUACCAGGACACCCCCAAACAGAUCAAGAGGAAGAUCAACGAGUACAAGCGCUGCCACCAGCAGCACUACAACGCCUUCAUCAGCUCGUUAGCUGUCCCGCAGCCGAUGGACCAGUAGAGGGAUUUUUAGACGCUGUUCUGGACUUGAUAUCGUUCUCUGCAUCAGGACGAGACGGAUCUGGUUCUGGAGAGACGAGGCGACGGGACGUUCAGACGGAAAUCACAGAGCAGGACAAUAGAAUAAUAAAGAGACACUUUUCUGUUGUUCCUGUCCAGAUCUUUUGUUUUUAGUUUUUCUGCUUCUUUACAGGAAAAUUGUCCCGAUCUCGCCGCCAACUGUGUGUUUUUCUGUGUUAUGACCGAGAUGUUUUUGUUUUUUUUAAAUGUAUCAUCAGCAGAAAUGUUUCCCAGCUUCAUUAAACACUUGAAAUGUGUUUAAUGAGAGGGAUGCCGCCGCCGCCGCAGCAUCAUGUUUCCCACUGCAGCUGAGAUGAAAACAUGUUUCUACAUAAUGUUAAUAAGCAUAGAAAACACAGUUAAACAGUCGACCCAGUUAGUGUCAGUGGAACAGCUGGGUCAGAAUAAAACAAUCUGAGUACAAGAAAUAUAAUUUACUCCCAUAUUAAACAUGUUUAUUACAGAA